GGGGGCGGGCGGGAGGGAGUUAAAAAAGAAGAAGUCUCGUCGCGGGAUGGCAGCGCAGUUCCACAACGCGAUGGGGGCGUACGAGCGGGUGCGGACGGAGGACGCCAAUGGCGACGUCGAGAAGGCUUCUCCCGAUCCCAAGGCGGGGCUCCCGCGCGCCGGCGUCGGCUUCGUCGUCGGCGUCGGCGACGUCGAGGCGGCGGGGCGGGUUCCCGGCUCGAGAUCGGCCUCUCGCCGCGGCGGCAGGGAAUCCGAGCGGCGGCAGCAGCGGCUUGUUUCUCUGGACGUGUUUCGCGGCCUCUCCGUCGUGCUAAUGAUUGUGGUGGAUCAUGCGGGUGGAAUCUUCCCUGCCAUCAACCAUUCACCAUGGGAUGGUUUAACUCUGGCAGAUUAUGUAAUGCCAUUUUUCCUGUUUAUUGUUGGUGUCUCACUGGGACUUGGGUACAAGAAAAUGCCGUGCAGAGCUUCUGCAACUCGGAAAGUCCUUCUUCGGGCGCUUAAGCUUUUGCUUUUAGGUCUUUUCCUCCAAGGUGGUUAUUUUCAUGGCGUUGGUAGUCUUGAUUAUGGAGUGGACAUGGAACAAAUGAGAUUUAUGGGAAUACUGCAAAGAAUAGCUAUAGCAUUUAUGGUUGCGGCACUAUGUGAGAUUUGGCUGAAGGGAGAUGAUGAUGUUAAGUCAGCAUUUUCUCUGCUGAAGAAAUACCGAAGUCAUUGGGCCGUGGUACUUGUGCUUACCACUGUAUAUAUUUCAUUAUUAUAUGGCCUGUAUGUGCCCGACUGGGAGUAUCGGAUUCCAACUGAAUCUCCCUCCCUUUCACAAGAAAGAAUUUUGGUGAAAUGUGGAGUGCGAGGAAAUACUGGACCAGCUUGUAAUGCUGUUGCAAUGAUUGAUCGUGAGGUGUUGGGAAUUAGACAUUUAUACAGAAAGCCAGCAUAUGCACGGACAAAGCAAUGCAGUAUUCAUUCUCCAGAGUCUGGUCCUUUGCCUGCUAAUGCUCCAUCAUGGUGCCAGGCCCCCUUUGAUCCUGAAGGCCUUUUAAGUUCAGUGAUGGCCGUGGUUACAUGCUUGGUUGGCUUGCACUUUGGACAUGUGAUUGUCCAUUUUAAGGAUCAUGGGGAUAGAACUUUCCACUGGAUGGUCUCAUCUUCUUUUCUUGUGGCUCUAGGCCUGGCAUUAGAUCUUUUUGGCAUGCAUGUGAAUAAGGCUCUCUACACAUGUAGCUACAUGGCUGUCACUGCUGGUGUAGCUGGCAUUCUCUUCACCUUAAUAUACCUGAUGGUUGAUUUCGGUGGACUUAGGCAUACUACCACAGUUUUGGAGUGGAUAGGGAAGAACGCAAUGACUAUUUAUGUCCUUGCUGCAACAAAUGUCUUGCCUGUUUUCCUCCAGGGCUUCUACUGGAGGCGUCCUGAGAAUAACAUUCUGAGUUUAAUCGGAAUUGGAAGAUGAUAGGAAGCUUGAUAUCGAUCUCCAACUCUGAAAGGACACUCGAUCGCGGAAUAUUUAUUGAAGCAACUAGCCACAUUUAUUAUAUUGCGGUUUGUUGCAAUUCAUACAGAAAAUAUAUGCUCUGUUCAGUGAGGUUAGAGAACUGCAGUUUUCUCCACAUUUAUGGGCUUUCUGUACAUAAUUAGCAAUUCGCUGUCACUUUA